AACUCGGAAACCGGAAUUAGCACGCAAACCAGACGUGCGUGUUCGCGCCUGUUUACCGUUAUAUACCGGUUCCAACUCGGAUGUUCUAUCACCGUCUUCAAGUGCUACAGGGUGCCAGGCCCUGUAAUCGAGCUGAAGGAAGGGGCUAGAGUACGAAGUAAUUACCUACUUAUGCUACGGAGUACCUUAACAAAGCAAAUUCAAUAUUGCUGCUCCACCUAACCGUAUCUAACUACGGUUUUGUUCCUGCUUCAGUCGCGAGGCUGAAUCCAACGCAGCUGCAACUGGAAAACUCUCCUCUGUGUAAACCGCUCAGCCACGCAAGCGAUUCUCUAGGAUUUUUGACUGCGCAUCUCAAUACCUUAGUUACUUAUCCAAAAAGCCCUUACGUCCCCAGGCGGCAUGGCAUCGCUGAACCUAGCUCCAGAGGAGCUCAAGCAGCUGGAGCUCUUACGCAACCGGUUCGCCCAGCUCACCAGCAGCCUCCAAAGUCUCCGCGCAAACGUCCUAAGCUCGAACCCCCUUCCCAGCCGAGAAUCCCUCCAAGCGUCAUCCGCCAUUCUGCAGCAAAACAUCCGCUCCAUCCAAGACCUCACCACCGAGAACGCCGACCUCUUCCGGCGCAUCGUUAUUCACCCGUCGACAAACUUUCCCGGUCGCACACAGGAGCACGUCCUUCUCCAGCUUCUGCGCAAGAAGCUCGAGCCGGAUGUAGAGAGCUGGGUUGAGGAGGCGCGCGAGACGGCGCGCGCUGCGGGACUUGACGCGAGCAAGCUAGGUGGCGGCGCGCGUGCCUCCGGGGGGAAAGGAGGAGGAGCUGGCGGCGGCACUGGCAACGGCUACUACGAGAGCGACGAGGAGGACGGCUACGGCCUGCUCGACCAGGAAGACGAGGCGCCCUCGGACCCGUUCAACGAGCAGUGGGCCGACAUGCUCGAUGCCUUUCAGGCGUCCUUGACCGAGUACGUCACGGUGCAGGUCAAGAAGAAGUAUACUGUUGAAGAGCAGGCGAUUGGGAUUGAGAAUGUCCGGACGGGACUGAGGAGGGAUCUUGAAGAGAGCGAUGAAGAGGAGGAUGACGAAGAGGACGAAGAGGAAGUGGGGGCAGGGCCAGAGGCCGUUGCUGCGCAGAGCGGUGCUGGCGGCCUGGCUACUGGAGCAGCGCCGCCUACGUCGGGAACCACCAAGCUCCCAAUGCAGCCAGAACAUUUGUUUUGGAUAUCAGUCAAGGGCGACUUGAGCCUUCCUCGGAAUGUCGAAUUCGAGUCCCAGCGGAAGAUAACGCAAAUGACCAAGCGGCCGGCGCCUCCGAGGUGAUCCCUUGGCGGGCAGGGCGUGUCAUUUGUUGUCUACGAUACCAGCGCAAGCCAUCCUUGACUGUCCAGGAUUGGCACCUCCCAAAGAAGGUGCC